GUAAGAUUUUGCGAAGCUGAGAUUGGUGAGGGAAAACCGACGGAUGAACAGUUCUCUGAGGACAUUUUGACGACCAAGUAGGGAUAGUUUCGCUGUGGUUUUAGAGAGAAAAAAGCCAUUUCCUGUCGAUAUUUCAUGUACCAGAUCACAAGCUCGUCAUUGAAGAAUGGAGCAGAAUGUUGAUGUAUACAUAAAAUAUGCAGGUCAGCAAUGAGUCAUGGAGAAGUCGACUUGAUAUUGAUCAAGCUCUCUGCCUGUGUCAGGUUGUAAAACACUCCAUUCAGAUUUGCUGAUCUUGGACUGAACCCAGAGUCAUAUUGCUCAGAACUUAGUCAUCGUGUUUCACCAAACUUUCGUUGGCUACACUUGAAAAUUUUAACGUAGCUGUGCCGUCAAAUACACAAUUGAACAGGCAAUACUACUAAGAGUAAAAUUGUCAGAUGCAUCAACCGUAAUUACAAAAGUGAUAUUUUUUAGGAUUGAGACUUGAUAGCAUUGAAUGGACAAAAGUUACCAUGCUAUUGAUUAUAUCCAUUGAUUUUUGUGAAUGAGACAAAAUGUAAACUUUGAUAUUUAUAGUGAGUUGAUAAACAAUGGGAAGUAACCCUUCAAGUCAUAGGGACUCCGGUGAGUCCGCGAGAGAGGAAGGAAGCACUGCAAGGGAUCAUUCAAGCACCAUGUAUCCCACUUCACUUCAUGGACACCUUGGAGAUGAGGUCUUAGAACCUCCAAGCCAAACAUUGCCAUCUCCUGCAAAAGUGGACAAAGUGAAAAAGAAGAAGCCCCCAAGCUUUUCCUCCCUAAAGAGGAGAAUUGUGAGAAGAAAGACUGCUGGUAAGUUUCAGGAUCAUGCUCGUUCUAUACGGGAUCUCAUAGUAACAUGGAAUCCUCUGGAUGUUUGCUCCCUUAUCGAGGAAUAUGAUGCUCUUGCAGCUCUCAAGGAGAUCACCAUUCAGACAGACUUGGCUAGGACAUCAGCAUCACCACUGAAAAAUGAUCUGUUGCAGCUUUUUAAUAGUAAAAACUGUGCGGAUGUGAAUUUGCUUUACAAAGGAUCAACAUUCCCAGCUCAUCGUGCCAUACUUUCUGCGAGAUGCAGUUUCUUUAGAGAACUCUUACGGAGAAACCCUACGGUAGGUGCAGAGGUUCCAGUGGACCUUGGUUGGUCAGGGGUAACAGUGAACAUGUUUGCUUCAUUACUCAGAUACCUGUAUACGGGAGAGUUCAACACCCAAGAUUCGCAAUUAGAAAACUUUGAUGUAUUGAUCCGAUUAGGAGAGCGAUUUGGAACACCGAAUGCACUUGAGCAUGACUUCAGGAUGUUACUGGAUACAGGCAAUUAUGGAGAUGCUGCACUUGUGUUUUCUUGCGAUACUGAAUCAGUUGGAGUAACUCGUGCUGUGGAGGCAUCGAGGACAUCUGUUGGGAGUUCUGUUAAGUGCCAUAAAGCUAUCUUGUCCGCAAGAUCACCAUUCUUUCGGAGUGUUCUCCAGAGGAGACACCAGCAGAGCAGUGACUCUACUACAAGGACGUUGCCAAGCAUUACACCCAUUGUUCUUGAUGAGUCAGUCAUACCCAAGAAGUAUGUUCAUGUACUGUUGUAUGCCCUUUAUCAGGAUGUAGUGGACUUAAGCCUUGUCUUGCCAGACAGUCCUAGUGUUGGAAGCCUUGGAGAAGCCCAAGCUAUGGCAUCAGGAAGGACACCACUUACCAAGGUGGAGCAGGCCAUGGAGUUGUAUCAGAUUGCAAGAUUCCUUGAUUUUGCAACUAUGGCUCAUGCUUGUGAGGACAUCAUAGCACGGAGUAUCACCACAGAGAACCUUGUCUCCAUCUUAACUUGGAGUCUAGAACCUCAUGGAUCUCACUGGGUACAUCGGCAGGCUCAGCAGUAUCUACAGGAGGAGUUUGCUGCUGUGGCUGCGUCUCCGGUCCUCUUUGAGCUCCGGGAAUCACAACUCAUUAUGGCUCUCAAAUCGGAUUUUCUUCAGGUUGCAGAAGCAGAUAUUUUGAAAGCAGUAGUAAGAUGGGGAGAAUACCAGCUCAUAAAGAGAAUGGAAGAAAGAGAACCGAAUCUAGUGAGCCACACCCAACACAGUGUGAGUAGGAAAGGCAUCAAGAGAAGAGACCUGGAUACUGGUGAAUUAAGAGAGAUCAUCAGUAGUCUACUACCACUUGUCAGACUGGAACAUAUCAUUCCCAGGGAACAUGAGGCUUUAACAAGUGCAGUGAAGAGAGGUCUGAUCCCCACCCCGCCCUCUCACAUGCUCUCUGGUGAUGAACUAGCCAAGUUUAACCCCUGGGUGAGGGGGAAGGGCAGACGGUUCUACCCUAGACCAAGGUUAUUCACUCCGUAUGUAGAGGAAGCCAAGUGUUUCCUGGAGGAGCCAGUGGUAUCAGACAUGGAGUCGGACCAGAGAGGAAUACGUAUGUCUUAUGUGCCUGAUGCUUUAUACAUGCUGGAGGAGAGAGGAGGGGGAUGUUCAGACCGAUGGGUUAGCAGGGUCAGGCAAUACCCUCCCUCUGUCAUUGCUGGCUCAUUCCCAGCUCCUGAUGAAGCUACUGUGAAGGCAAUGCGAGCCAGGGAGAAAGAGCUUCAGCGCUCCGUCACAGCUAAAAGGGCAUAUUCCCUACGAUGUACAGAUCAUGCGGCUGUUACACGGGAACUCCAUACCCGGGUGGUCAGAGAAUUUGGUUUCCCAGAUGAAGCUGUAGAGGUGUUCGAUAGCCCCGCAGAAGGUGGAGACUACGAGGGCCAGGGAUCUGGGGGACUGGAUGAUAGUGAUCUGGAGGUCUUUGGACGGAUGUGGAACGAUCUACCAGAUCUUCAUCAUCGUCAUGAGCCUGCACAUCAUACCGAGGCUACCGCUACUCCUGAGGUGAUGCCCAUGCUGAGUGAGAUCAUGCCAGACAUUGCUAUCCCAUCAGCCCCGGACUUGACCAUUGCCAUGGCUCCACCGGUCAACCAGAUGCUGCUACGAGAACCACAACUCGGGGAUGACCGCCGGCGGCAUGGAAGGGAGAAGGGCAAGGGUGGGAAGAGCGAGAGUAGCCAAACAAAAGUUUAGUUCUCGUAUUAUCUUGACAUUGAGUUUUAUGAUAGUGUUCAAGUGAUUUUAAAUUGUAGUCCCAAAGGUAGGUUAUCAUGUACCCCUGCAAAUCCUUGCGUUACAUUAAGCAACAUACAUUAAGGAGAAAACAGGAGGAAGAAAUAAACAUUGAGUGUCCCUUUCCUGGAAUUUGCUUUACGUUGCCACAUGCCCCAUUAAUAUCCAUACAAAUUGAUUCUUUAUUUCAUUGUUUAUCCUUGGGAGAUCUCUAACAAUUAUUAAAGGCAACAUUUUAUCCUCAUAAUCCAUUUAAUGACCCUUUUUAUUCUCAUUCUAAAAACUCAAGAUUUAAUGGUAAACAAUUUGCUAGAUAUAAUACUUAUAAGAAAUCAGUAUUGAUAUUUUAAAAAUUGCAAUGAAUAUUAGUAAAAGGGUACUCAAAAUUAUAUUGUGGAUUCAAACUAAAGUGAGUAUAAUGGUGAAAGAGUACUUAAUAAUCCAGCUGAUAUUGAACCAGUGCCAAAUAUGCAAUACAUGCAUUUUAUAUCAUACAUUGUAUAUCACAGGUGACAGGAAAUUAUUAAAACAUCUCACUUCUUACCUCACUUAGUGAAGAUAUUCUACUUCUCCGUAGUAUGAUCCUUCUUUACAUUUGAUUAUUUGUUGUGUUUUUUGUUGUUGUUUUUAGAGAGAUAAGUUUAAUGUUUACUGCAUGGAAAUAGAAAAAAAAGGUUUGUUGACAAUAUUUUAUAAUGGGAUGUUUUCUUCAAUAUAUUUUGUUCUAAUUGUCAUAACUUGUCAUUCAGAAUUAGAUGUCAGUUGUAUGAUAUAGCUGAGUAUUUUCUGAUUGUUAUUUUUAAUGCUGAAAAUGGAAUGCAAAUGUCAAUACUUCGAUAAUACACUCAUGUUCAUACAUUCAUGAAAAGCAGCAUGUUUUUAAUGUGAUUUGUGCAAUUUUCUCUUUGCAUUUUUCAUUCCUAUUAUAUGUUAAUCUAGUGAAAAGGAAAAGAAAAUGAGACAUCUCAAGUUUUUGUAUAGGCCUACAUCUACACCAAGGUUUGUUUUACUUUAAUAUAUGUUCAUUGUCAAAAGACAUUCAUUGUAUUUCAUAGUAAUAUUUUGAUAUCAGCCAUCACAAGGGCACUAGUUUGUGGUAGAAAGCGAGGUAAGUUUUAAAAAUGCUAAAACAGCAAGAACUAUUUAGCACUGGGCUCUGUUGGUGUUCUCCUGAACUGUUGUAUGUCAAUCUGACAGUGCAAACAACAUUUCUAGAAAAUUGAGGUUAAACUGUACCUUACAAUAUAUUGUCGCUGUUUGUCUCCAACCAUCUAUCAUAGCUUUUCAGUUCUUGAAAAAAAAAUGUGAUAGGGAUAUCUGUGACCAUUUAUAAACUUUUGUGUCUUUAUUUCCCCCCCCCCCCCUCAAGUCCUGCGAUGAAAAUCUUUCCAUAUCUCUGAAACUUGAAAAAAAUACAAUGUUGAUAAAACUUCUGCUCUGAUUUUCCGACAUAAUUUCAAAAUGAAUAUUUGGAACCCAAUUGAAUAAUUACGAUGGUUCCCAACAAUAUGAGAUAAAUGAUGUGAUGAGAAGAUUGAAGAUAAUGGGAGAGUAACCAAGGUAGACGAAUUGUGGAUGAUUCCUCCUGCAAAACAACAUUAAGAGUAUUGUAAAUUUACUGAGCUGCAUUUUCUAAUGGGUUGAGGGAUUCACUCAGACAAGCUAGAUUCGAUAGUAAUAUAAAUCAGCUAUUUCUGUACACUGUUGCCUAGUGACAGUGAUGUGUUGUGAUUGUGAGCAUAUUUCUUGUAAAAAUUCAAUGAGAAUUCUUUUUUUAAAAUCAUACUUUGUCCUAGUUGGUUAUAUCAUGAAAGAUGUAAGACGCUGUUAUCUAGUCUUUCCUGUCAUUGUAUCCUUCUCUUGGAAUGAAUAUAAUUGUAUAAAUUUGUUACAUCACCAAGAAGGCAUAAAACUAAAGGGGUGUCACACAAGAACCUUUUAGCGAGCGUCUGCUGACAUAUGUCAGGCAAGUCAUUUUAUCAAUUGCUCUAAUUUCUGGAGAAUAUCAAGAACCUGAUAUCAGUGAAUUGUUUCUUUUUAUCGAUUUUUUUUCUAAGAGAUGGAUUUGAAAUGAUAAAAUGGCUUGCCAUUGUUAUAUCGGCAUAUACUGUAUACAUUAUUUUAGUGGGUGUUUCAUAAAGCUGUUUGAAAGUUAUGAAUGACUUCAUGAAUGAUUCAUGAUCCUAUUUGUGAUUGCAUUUAAGAAUAGACUGGAUAAGCAUUGGGAGAAGAUUGCCUAUGACUUUGAAUGAUUUUCGAUUCUUGUGUGUUUCCAUGGAAUUUUUUCACUGACUACAAUACCCCUGCCACCCCUCCAUGCCAACAUAAGUAGCGCAUCUUAUUUUGUCUGAAGGAGAGCAGCAAUAGACAUUUCUACUUUGAUCAAUGAACAGGCGUAGUCCUACAACGUCGUUGGAGUAAACUAAACUAAUAAUAUAAAUUAUGUGUACUGCAUUUUCAUUGAGUGUUGAUAAAGCUCCUAAAAGCCACCGCGGGCACCUUACAACCUGACUGGUCUGCAACUGAGUGAAGAGAAAUAUGACAUCACAGCUCUUGUCAGCUUUAGAGUUGCAGACUGGUCAUAUACAAAUCGUAACGAAAAUCGUAAGGAUUUGACAUUUUGAAUCCUUACAACUGGAUCGCAAGCUCAAUCCUACAUCCAGACAGAGUCGCGACGCGUACAUGAUAUGGAACGCGCAUUCAUGCUAGUAAGCGUCAUUUUCUCAGUUGCUAUGGCAAGAGCGCAUGCAUGAGUCGCAGACAACAUGGUAGUUGGAUCGCAAGGUGUGCGGUGUCGAGGCUUAUUGACUACCUUGCAAUUCAUCUCCACUCACUCAGUCGCAGACCAGUCGGGUCGUAAAGAGUGCGGUGCCCUUAAUUUUAAGAAAGAAUCACAAGUUGUUCGUAAAAAUGUUUGUAAAGUCACUUGUAACUUCCAAACAGCUAUAUGAAACACCCACCAAGUGUGACAGCCCAGCCAAGUACAAAGUAUAGGUGUGUCAUAUAUUUAUUAUUGGGUACAUACAUUUUUAAUCAGAGAAAAAGUUCAAACUUAUCCAGAAUCUUUAAGGUUUUUUUUUUAUUAGAAGUAGUGCAGUAUGAAUUUUAGAGAUUUGUUUAGUCAACGGACGAUUAUCUUCUUUGUUUCUUUUACUUGAUAUAGUUCAGCAUUGAAUUUGAAAUUUGGUUAUUGAUUUGAUAGGCCAUGCGUAUAAAUUCAACCAAAUCUGCACUUACUUCAGCAAAUAGAUCAAUAGUUACUACCUUGGUCUAUAUAGGGCCAUAUGAUGCCUUGGUGCAUGUGAUUUGUUUUCUUGAGGUCGAAAGUGGUCUUUACAGGAAAUAAAACAAGAUGAGUUAGCAGACAAAUGCAGAUAUUUCAUUUUUCCCUCAAAUAGCUUUUCAAAAGAAGUUAUUAACCUUUUUGGCCUCACAGUAUUGGGUUGAAAUUUGGUAAGCCAGGCGUGAAAAAGCUUUCAAAUCUGUUCUUACAUUAACAAGCAGAUCAAUGGGAAUGAACCUACGUGGGGCCACAUGAUGCUGCAGUUAUUAUAUUCUUUUUGCCAAAGGUAGGAUAAUGGGAGCAGAAGUAGACUCUUGUACUUGUUUAUUGGACUUUGAUCGUGCCAUCGUAUUAGCUUCACAUGUAAACACUGAAUAUUUUAAUACACUCAUAUACUCUUUUUUUCUCACCCAAAAUAUUUUUCUUUUCAUUUUCAGUUGAAAGUCGAUCAAAUGAAUACUAACAUGAAGAAAUGUGUUUUUUUUUUUUUUUUACUUUUUUAUGAAUUCCAUGCUGUAUUAUCUUGUGAUAGAGAAACAGGAUUUUGCCAUGAAAAAAAAAUGACUUCCCUGUAGAUAUAAUCUUAUCCUGAAAGUGCAUACAGUAUGUGACAUUAAAUUGUAAAAAUCCUCAUGCUUUCAACCCCCCCCCCCCCUCUGUCUCUUUCUCUCUCUCUCUUAUUUUACAUUGAUAUUUUCUAACGCAUUAGAAAUACUCUGAUUAGAGAAGAGCAACAAGUCCUUGCUCUAUUUGGGAAGAUUUGUGACCAGUUUCGGUUUGCUUUAAAGGGUGUUCUAAAAGCUUUCAAAUUUUUGUUUUUUGACAUAAAAACUUUUUGCAAACUGUUUUGAAAAGGACAAAAGUAUGUUCACAAACGUUUCAUGCUUAUUAUUUCUCAGUGAGUUGAUUUAAUUCAGGAGUUAUGUGAUAAUUUGUUCAUUAGCUUUGGCAAAUCAAAAGAAAUUUAACACCACCAUCUUACAAACAUUUGCAGACUUCUAGCCAUUUUGCGAACGCUAGUUAUUGUAUGCGGGAAAAAAAAUAUUUGAAAAAAAAAGAAAAUGUUCAAAAUUGCUUGUGAGAAGAAAAACUGUUUGCAACAUCAAAAACUAUGUAUAAACCUUCUUCAAACUUUUUGCAAAGCUUUGGAAACCUUUUUAAGAACUUAGCAAAGUCCUAUAUUUGCUACAUUUCAUAAGCAUCCACCGCUCAGUGAAAUACAUCAGGACACUUGCUGCAGAUCAUGACAAGGAUCCCCAUUGGCUUCACAGUUCUUCCUAAAUUUGUCGGAACGAAAAGCAGCCCUAGAAUUCUUACCUAGCAUUCUUCUGAUUUGAUUACGAUGGCCACAUGGGUCAGAACAGUGUCAUCAAUUGUAGAGAGCAUAUAUACAGCUUUCUAUUAGAUUUAGAUAGUAACGCGAAGCCACACCAUCGUCUUCAUUCAUUAGAUGCGAGGUCAGUUGAGCCUUGGGGAAUGUGUCCAUGCUUACUUGUGUUUCUGCUUCUCAAUAGAGAAAUUUAAGCUGAAUUUUCAAAAGAUUGGAUUAUUUUUUUCUAUCCUCAGGUGUCGGUCUCUAGCAUUGUCAGUACCUUUGUUCUCCCAAGGAUAAAAAUGGUGUUUGUAUUUUUGAAAAAUAAGAAAGAAACCAAAACAAGAAAAAUAAUUGUAUUUUGAUGAUGAAAUUCAAAAUGAAUGGACUUUUUUUGGUAUCCAGUCGAUCUAAAACUAUUAUUUAUAAUGGGUGUACGCCAGGAAAUCAACUUUACACUGAAUUUGGCCUCACUCACUUGAUCUUUGAUUUACGUUCUUUCUCAAAUGUUUGUUUGUUCUCAUGAAAAUCAUAUUUACUUCAUAGCAGUGCCACGAGCUCAGGUAGAAAAUAUAUUAUGAUUGAUCAAGAAAAAAGAAUACCCCCCCCCCCUCACAAUAAUAUGAAAACUCGUAAAUGAAAAACCAUGUGCUUGAUCACCCUCUCUUUCAUUAUUUUCCCUUCUAAUACCUUCCUGGAUUUCAAAUGAAUGUUCGUUUUCAAGCCGGGAUGUUAAAAAAAAAGAGUUCUUUGAAAUAUCCAUCCUAAUUGUACCUGCGUGUACAGAUCAUGCGCUGAAUGGGUAUAGUGGUGGUGUGAUCUUGAUGCAUGCUCCUUGUAUUACCAUAAUUUUUGAAUUAGUGGCAUUAAGUGAUGAUGAUGGGUGAAGCGAGCGUGGAGACUGUUAGUGGCAUCAUCAAGGGACCUCUCGGGUUUGAUCUAUCUUCUACCAGAACCCCUUUCUUCAUUAUUCUUUGAUGUGGAUUGCUGGAUGCAGAUUAUUUCUAUUCGUGGAUGUGCAGUGGUCCAGGGCCCCGUUUCAUAAAACAUAAUAACAAAGUUGCGAUAAUUGUUUUAAAACUUAUUAAAUCUUUAGAUUUGAUUGGUUGAUAGUGAACUUGUUAUAGAAAUUGUUCAUUUAUUAUUGUAGCAAGGUUUUAUGAAAUGAGCCCCUGGAUAAUCCGGAUCAUUCAAGUGGUGCUAGUAGGAGGACUCGAUCUGAAAUUGGAUCUGCACUCGAUCUCGUCUCAACCUCAUAUUUCAAUCCAUGAAUGAUUAUCAAAUAGUGUAGCUUCUGUGGUCGAAGGUCCCUGUUUCCCACGAUUUGCGGCACUGCACGUUGUGCAUAUGACCCAAUCAAAUAGCAAAUUCUGUGCGCUUCAUCGCUAAUCAUGGUAUCAUGGCAAUAAUCCAUGGCAUUUCCUCGCUGCACUCUUAAAAAAUAGUGUGGACUAUUUCUGAUUUCGUGAACACAAUUUUUUUGCGUGUGUUUGCAUUGGUCUGAUCCGGAGUCGGUCCGCACUGUUUGAGGGUAAAUUCAUGAAAUGGGGUAUAAGUUUGAUUUAUCUUGGCUUAAUUGAUCUUUCUCUCUCUCUACCAUCCAUAGGGAGACACAUGGUCAUUAGGAUGUUGGUUGAUGGAUGGAGGGAAAAAUCAUCAAAAGAGUCAUCUUUUGGGGAUUAUGGAUAGAGAAGAGAAACACUUCAGAACAUGGCACCUCAUGUAGACAUAGAACAUAAGUGAAAUCUAAAUUUCAAAUUUUUCAUUCUUGAAAUACUCUGAUAGAUAUUUUCUUUGAAGGCUAUGGACAUAUUAAUGUAUUGGUCCAUAGUCUCUUAUCUUUGUUAGAAUGACAUACAGGUUACUCCGCUGUAGUUUAGUCUUUAGAAGUCUGUUCGACUUAGGAGAAAUUUUAUUUAGAAAAGUUAUUAAUGCAUGGUUUGCAUAUUCUGGUUUGAAAUAAUCCUUUGAGUUAGGUGAUUAUUUGACUUCAUGCAGUCUAAGAUUUUAAGUGGGUAUUCGCACACAAAUACUUUGUCUCGUUUUAGAGGGCGUUUGUUUAGAUUUGUUGUGAUUGUUGGGUCGAUAUUUGUUAAGAGUAAUUAUCAUUCUGCUAAGCAGCUGCCAAUCAGCAGACAUUAUACUUUGCAUGAUUGUUGCUUUUCUGAAAUAUAGUACUGUUAGAGGACAAUAUGGUUCAUCAUGUGCAUCAGUGCAUGGACGGUGUGUAUAAUCUUCUUUUGUUAUCGUUCAGUACAGUGAACGUAUUGGAAAUAAUGUUUGCCUAAUAACUCAUGAUAUGAAUGUCUUGAGAUACCGAAAACAAUUCUACUGUUUCGGAUCACUAUCUGUAUUCAAUUUGUUGUCUAUGCAGUAGUGCAACAAGAAAAAGUAACAUGUUGCAAUUUUGUUUGUUUUCGUUUAUCUUUGAUCGCUCAUUUUAGAUCACUUUUUCAGAGGUGAAUUGAAGUCAUCAAAUUUUUAAAAUUUGUUAAUAGAAUUGUAUUAUGUAUUAUAUGGACACAAUUACAACAUGAAUAUGUCAUGAAAAUUUGUAUAGACUUUGUAUUUUAGUUUGUUUUGUUCGAUGUAUGUGAGUAUUCAACUCAAGAUUGGUAACCAAGAUUUUCCAGACAGAAUAUUAUCAAAAGCUUAAAAAGUACCCUACUUUUUAGGAAAAAAAACUUUGUAAUACUAUCAAAUUGCUUGUAAGUGAUGUAUUUUGUGUGUAUAUAUUUAUAUAUAUUAUAAAGUCUAUAGAAAUAAUGUAAUAUAUAAAUAUAUAAUAUCUUUCAAGUGAUUCAGGUAUGACUAGUUUAUGGACAAUAUGAUUGUUAAUCUUGUAACAGUUUAUAUUCUAAAGUUAUAUUGCAUAAAGGAUAUGUAAAUAUACAUGUAUCUUGCUACUUCAUUAUCAUCAGUGAUUUUACAAACCGGCUCAAACCUAAUUUUCGGUCAUUUUUCUAAAAAAAAAUUUUUUUGCAUAUUCUGAAAGCCCGUGAUUUAUAGUACUUUAUUGAUUUGCCAAAUUUCAGAUCAAAAUUCAUAUAAAAGAAAAAAAAUAAGAACAUAUUUAAUAUUUUUACGAACUGGCUCAACCCCCUCCUUUGAUUUUACGAACUGGCUCAAACCAUUCUUUGUGUACUAUAAAGUCUCUGGAAUGGCGCGCACAGGUCAAAGACCAGACCUAGAUUGGGCGCGUAUGCAGUGGGUAUGUGGUUUUUGCAGGAUUUGAGCUUAAAAAAAACAUACGCAUGGCAUGAAUGAUUUUUUACGAACUGGCUCAAACCCCCUGUUUUGGGUAAAAAUUAGCAGCUUCUGAAAUGCAGACAAGCGCUUCAUUUCAAAUAUUGGUAGAAUGAAUACAAAUUGUGGACAGAAUUUUAUGUAUUACAAAAGAAUAGAAUUUAUGCUUUAAAUUGGAAUAAGUAAUUGAUCUGGUUUAAUUCAAAGCGCGAAGUUAUGAGUGUCUGAAAAACAUCCAAACUUUGAACGCUAUUUUCUUGAAAUCAUGUUCUGGAGACCAGUCGAGGUUUGAGCCAAUUUGUAAAAUCACUGACGUUAUGUCACUCAGUUGAUUGAAUAUUUACCUAACUUUAUUUUUUGGGGAUGUUCUUUUUUAAAUGUCAAUCUACUCAGAAAAUUUCCCCAAAAGAAAUUACAAAGGCAAAAAGCAAAAUGCUUCAGACAUGUUUUGUUGGGGGCUAUGACAGUUGGUUUCUUUGUUUGUUUUGUUUCAUAUUUUAUGCUUAAUACCUGGCAAAAACAAAAUACUAAAACUGAGAGUGGAAGCUAAUGACCUUCUUUUAAUUGCUGGUAGCUGCGAUUCCAAGAACAUGAAACAUUAACAUUUGAGUGUGCUUCAUAAAUAUUGUGUUUCAGAUGAUAUCCUGAAUCUGUAACUUUAGGGCAUGGGCUUAAUGCUCUUAGCUAUUUCUAAAUGGUAGUUGUAAUGUGUGCCUAGUUUUCUGGGCUAUUACUCCCUUGAUUGCUUAUUAUCUAUCGCUUAUUAGGCGGUGCUGCACCAGCCCAAGUUUGCUCAAUCUGGAGAUUUUCACCCUAUCAGCUCUCUGCGAUUUUAAGAAACCUCGUAAGAAGAGUGAUUCCUGCUCAAGCGAGGCAUCGAUGCAUUAUGGUCUGACGCCGUGAAUAAAUAAUCCUGCGUGCAUCUGCACCUGGGUAUUAGUGGGAUAAUUCAUAAAGUAGCUUGCUAUUUUGCUAGUAACCCCAAGUUGACUUGAGAUUGAAAUCUCGAGAUUAAACUAGUGUGAUAAUUUUGUCUCCAUUACAAAUAAUGUCAAGAUUGUUCAGAUCAGGAUAAUUUGCCAGAUCAGAAAUAGUGCGCUAAUUUGAAAAGUUGGGCUGGUGUGGACGGCCCUAUUGUGAUAAGAAUAACUUGUCUACUUGCUAUGACUUCGGCUCUCUAGUUUCAGCUUUCUGGCUUCUGAGAUGAAGAGAUUUAAUGGCAGCCUCAUAAUCUGAAUUCUUCAUCAAAAGCUUGGUGUAGAUCAUCGAAUUAUUCAAUUUUCUUUUAAUAAAGUAGCAUAAGGGGUAUGUAUGUGAAAGUAAAAAAAUCAAGUCAACUAUAAAUUGAUCAAUGAAUAAAUAUAUAUAAGCAGUCAUAGAUAAGUGAACAGUUAAGUAAAAUGGUUUCAAACAAAUUAAUUGUCUAAAUUCACUCAAAAUCAUACUUUGUUUAACUCUGGAGGUGUGUUGAAGUGAACAAGUGCAAAGUGGAUUUUAGUAUGUAUAGUCUUUAAACUAGUUUUUUUUUUUUUAAUUUAAAGCUCAACAGUUUAUACACAGUACAUAGUAUUGUUACUUGGAUACAUUGACAACCAUUAUCAUAGCCAUUAUCACUGAUGAAAAUGGGUGAGAUGAGUAUUCAGUCAAGCACUGCAUGCCGUUCUAAUUAUUACGUUUUCACAAUCAAACCAUGCAUAGUGCUUUCACAAUAAUUAAUACUCGGUGCAUGAUAAUUGGUUUGAUUUUGGAUGAAGGGGGAGUUGAGUAUUAAAGUGUGUAUGGCCUUGUAGAUCAGAUUCAUGUUACAUUGUUAUAUUGCUGCUUUGCUAUUCUUUUGAAUUCAUGAACAGGAGCAGGAACAAGUUUAACCCCCAAAAAUAUUUAUUUUCAGCAUAUUUAUCAUACUUUUUUUAAUGUUAAGAACUUGAUUGUCUGUGCAUGAACAGUUCCAAAGUAUCCUCACGUUCCCAGGCUGUACAAUCAAAUUAUGAUGUAAAGUUCAUAAAAAUAUGUUUCAUGAUCAUAUUUCUCCAAAAGUUGCUUAAAUCUCUUUUCUUUUUUUACUGCAGUAUCCUAUUUCCUUUUAACUUUUAUGCAGUCAAUCCUAUCAAAAGAAUGUGACUAAAUGCAAUGAAUUCACUGUGAAUGUCUACUCAUUAUGUUGUACUGAAAACGGUUUGAGAAAAUUUUUGUGUGCUGAAUAAUUAAUGUGUUGAGUAGAAAGUGAUUGCUUAUAAUAUAAAUAAUAUUUCAAUCUUGUUUCAUUCUGAAUAAGUGCAAAAUGGUAAUUGUUAUUUCUCUGAUUCAAUUUCUUUUGCUAUUAUUUUCCUAUUUGUUUCAUUCACAAUUAAAUGUAUUAUUUACUGUUUUAGAAUGUUAUGUACAUAAUAGAUUAUUGUCAAAUAAAUGAUUAUGAAUGAACAUAAUUUCUUGGAAUCAAAGAAUCAU